CAUAUCUCUAUUUUUUGUUAACUCUCUAUUUUCCUAAUCUAAUAGAAUUAAUACACAUAUAAAAUUAAAUGAAUAAUACUAAUAUUGAAAAGCCUGAUACGCAACAUCCACCUACUAUCAUUUAUGAAAAAUAUCCAGAGGACUCAUAUGAAGGAUCAUUUCUUGAUGAAAAAAUAGAGCAUGUACCUGAAGGCACAGCAUCUUCUGGAAAGGCUUUAUUUAUGUUACUUAAAGCUUUUAUUGGCACAGGUGUCAUUUUCUUACCUGGAUCAUUUGUUAGUGGAGGCUUGGUUUUAUCAAUCAUCUUGAUGCUUGUUUUGGCCUUGAUUUGUGUUGCUGCUUUUCAAAUUUUAGUAAAGGCACAACAGCAAAUUGGUGGUUCUUAUGGUGACGUUGCUCAACAUCUUUAUGGUGCUUGGUUAAGACAUCUUAUUCAUUUCUUUCUUUGUAUCUCUCAAAUGGGAUUUGUUGCAUCCUAUUUGAUUUUUAUUUCAGAGAAUAUUGGAAUUGUUGUGGAUAGUUUAAAUAAUUGUAACGCGCCUUUUGAAGCUAAAUAUUAUAUUUGGAUAGUGCUUAUUGCGAUUAUUCCCAUUACCUGGGUUAGAAAAAUUGCACGUUUAUCCUAUUUUGCUAUUGUAGCAGAUAUCUUUAUUGCUUUUGGUCUAAUUUGUAUCCUUUAUUUUUGUUCAAAUCAAAUUGCUCAUCAUGGUAUUGGUAAUAAUAUUAUUUUGGUCAAUCAGAAUAGCUUUGGUCUCAUGAUAGGUACAGCUGUCUUUUCUUAUGAAGGCAUAGGCAUGGUAUUACCUAUUGUUCAAGGUAUGAAAGAUCCAAAAAAGUUCCCAAUGGUUUUAAACAUUGGUAUGUUGAUUUGUACACUUAUUUUCACUCUUAUUGGUGCUAUUGGUUACAUUGCAUUUGGCGAUAUCACUCAAGCAAGCGUUGUAGCUAAUAUUCCACGCAUACCUUUAUCAAUUACUGUCCAGAUUCUAUAUGCAAUUGCCAUGAUUCUUACUUCACCCUUCAUGUUAUAUCCUCCUUUAGUCAUUAUUGAAAGAUAUAUUUUUGGUAAUCAUUCAGGUAGAAAAAGUGUACGGGUCAAAAUGGGAAAAAACUUUAUACGUUCCUUGAUUCCUAUCAUUUGUGCUGUCAUCAGUUUCUGUGUGGGUUCUAGUAAUUUAAACAAGUUUGUUUCGCUUGUGGGUUCAGUCGCUUGUAUGCCUCUCUGCUUCAUUUUUCCAGGUCUCUUCCACUUUAGGGUGACAACUAAGAGUUACGCAAAGAUAUUGGACAUUAUCCUUGUUUUAUUUGGCUGGGCCAUGAUGGUUUAUACAAUGUAUAUUAAUAUUAACUCAUGGAUUCAUCCUUCUUCUACAGGUGUUAUAAUUAAUAUGACAAAUUGUCAAUCCUAAUAUAAUUAUAUAUUUAUAAAAAAAAAAAAAAAAAAA